CGACAAAAGACAGAAGCGGAAACCUAACCCUAAUUCUUUUUCUCAAAAUCCCCGAAAGAUUACGUCUUUUGGGCUAUUGUUGUUGUUGUGCUGCUCUCCAAUCUCUUCUCGUUGCGUUCUAUGUGCCAAAUAUGAGUGAAAAGAAGCUAUUUGUGUUUGGAUCCUUUACAGAACAUGAAACUAGGUCAUUUCUUGAGCAGAAACCCACUAAGGAUCCUCAGAAUCAUAAAGACAAGUGUGUGGGAAGUAUACAAUUCGGCUCCUUGAAUCUUGUUGCGGAAAAUUCUUCGGUAAAUACUAAUGGCGAGUUGAAGAAAGGUCAGGCUGAUGGGACAGUUAAUUCUGCUGUGUUCUCAAGAGAGACUUGAUGCUUCUAGACCUGCCAGCUCGGAUUAAGAUCGAUGAUAGUGAUGCUAAACUCCCAAGAAAACUCUCUUCAAGAGUUCCAGAGCAUGUGGUAGAAAAUGGAAUCAUAAAAGAGAUCUCUGAAAACAAAUCUCUCAACAAUGGUGUGGCGGUGAAGACAGAUCCUAUUGGUUUGGAUAAGUUGUGUAUGUCAGAUGGUGAAAGUGAUCCUGUGUAUAAAGCUUCGAGCUCUAAAUUUCAAGCGCUGGACAAUGAAGAUUUCUCAAGUGACUCUUCAUCUGGCAGCAUUCAAAGAAAGAAAAACCAGAAGCUCCUCCAGAGAAUUCAACUCCAAGAUAUUCCAAAGGCUGACUCUCCAACCUUAGCUGCAUUUUCCGAGUUCAUCUCCGAAUUGGAUGUGCCAAGCAGUUCCAGCAUCAGAAAUAACGUUACUGUUGUUGAGGCUGGUAGACCUUUUAGACCUGCCAUGUUCGAAGGAGUGCUUAGAAAUUUUACCCCAGAUGUACUCAACAACAUGUCUGGUAGGCCAAGGCAGGAAGAUGCUCAGGAGUUUUUGACUGUGACAAGAACACAAAGCUUUGUCCCGUCUGAGCUUAGUGAGAUAUUUGGUGGGCAGCUCAAAAGCGUAGUGAAGGCAAAAGGGACUAAAGCUUCGGCUACUGUACAGCCAUAUCUCUUGCUACACCUUGAUAUUCAUCCGGACGGCGUGAAAGGAAUAGAAGACGCGUUGCAUUUGUUUUCUGCCCAAGAAGAUCUUGAAGGAUAUAGAGCCUCGGUUACUGGGAAGACUGGUGUAGUGAGUGCUAGUAAGUCGAUAAAGAUUCAGAAACUCUCAAAGAUAAUGAUACUGCACCUAAUGCGUUUUAGCUACGGAAGCCAAGGGAGUACUAAGCUGCAUAAAGGCGUUAAAUUUCCCCUUGAACUCAACUUAAACCGCAACCAUCUUGUUUCUCUAUCCAAUGAGAGUUUGAGAUAUGAACUUGUGGCAACAAUUACCCACCAUGGAUGGGAUCCCUCAAAAGGGCACUACACCACAGACGCUCGACGAAAGAAUGGUCAAUGGCUAAGGUUUGAUGAUGCCUCUGUGACUGCCAUAGGGACAAAACAGGUGUUGCACGACCAAGCUUAUGUCCUCUUCUACAAGCAAGUGUAAGUGAUUCAAAGGCAGCAGAUUUCCAUGGUCGGAGAAAGGAGAGUAAAAUUUAUCUCGGCUUGUGUACGGUCUUCUGAGUUUAAGUCACGAUGCUAUACUCUGGUUCUCAUAUUAUAACUUUGAAGGAGGGAAUCUCAAUAGGUAAAUAGUUUUAGAGUACCUGGUUUACACUGGAAGUUUUGUUAUGAUUCCUUGAGAUGGGUGUUUUAAUCUGAUUUUACUACUUGAUAGACUUAUUAUUCGAAAAUUCAUGCUUAUGCUACAUGUCUUCUUGUCAUUGGCCUGAUCUUCGUUUUCAUGGUUCAAUCAAUCAAGUUAUGGCGA